GUUUACGAUGCCAGUUGCGCUCCUGCCGUUCCUGUGAGAUCGCGCGUCCCUUCUCUCUAUAAACAAAUCUUUUUUUUUCUCUCCAUCUCUCUCCUUCUCUCAGUGGGAUUUUUAUAUUAUUAUUAUUGUGUUAGUUUUAUAUUCGUAUAUGGUGCAUUAUUAUUAUUAUUAUUAACAAUAUCUUUCUUUGGACCAACGGGUUCUGCGCCCACGAUUUAAACACACUUUCUAUUCUGACCUCGAGGGGGUUUCGCCACUCGCGCGAUCAAAAUUCGCGCGUGGGUGUUUGUCCUCUCUCAUAAACUUAAAUCUAUGAGUUGAACUUUUUUUUUUUUGAGAGAGAGAGAAUUUCUCCUAAUUAAAAAAAAAAAAUAACCGGCAAGAAUGACAGCUGCUCGGAAUUUAAAACCGCGCAGCAAGAAACUGUCACGUGCUACGAAUCCACAAUCGAUGCCGGGACGCGAGAUAACUGUUUUCUUCUCAGUGAUAUAGUAUUAUUAUUAUUAUUUUUUUUUUUGAUGAAGUGCAAAUAUUAACAAAUAUAUAUAUUACCGAGGAAAAAUUCUCCUCUCUUUUGAGAGGAAUUGUGAAAAAAAAUAGCCCCCCCCUCAAAAAAAAAGUAGUGAGGAAGUUUUCUUUGGAAUGAGUGACGUUUUUUUGAAAUUGGAGAAUAAUAAUAAAAAAAAAAAGUGUUUCUAAGUUUACUGAAAGUAUUCGCAAUUCGUGACGCAAGCCACAAGAAUUAGAAGAAGAAGAAGAAGAAGAAGAAGAAGAAGAAGAAGCAGAGGAAUUAGGGGGAUUGGAGAGUUAAGAGUUUAUUUACGUUUCAAGCGGUUUUACUCUUUCGGCGUUUAUAGACUCAUCGUCGCCAGUUAUAACUUUGUCAAAAUUAUUCUAUCAAAUUUUCUUUAUUGAAAACAAACAAUAUAAAUAAUUGUGACAUUUUUUUUUUAAUCAAGAAAAUUGUGAAUAUAUAUAUUUUUUUUUUUGUGUGAAUUUGGAAAAGUGUAAUACAAAAGGCGAUCAUGAUGGGUGUAUUGAGAUGGAGGCAAGACUUGAGGUCGGAAGCUAGUCAACAGAGAAGCAACACAGAUAGAUCAACACAUUCUCACACUCUGCCGAAACUUGUUAGUCAGGCGUCUAGAGAUGAAAGAUCAGCGUCUAGUCCAUCACCACAAAUCACAACGCCGACACCAUCACCAUCUCCAGUUGGAGAUGCACCAUUGGGUCGAGCGCUUAUGGAACAAGCAAUUCAACAAGCAAAUUCUGGAUCUCAGAAACCGCCUUUGGUUGUCACACCACCAGGUUAUUGGGUCGAUGGUACAGAUCACAGGCAUACUUUAGAUUCUGCGGGAAGAGCACUAUUACCAGCACAACCAGCAUGGCAACCAAGGAUAGACCAAGAUGAUACGGCCAAAUGCUACAGACGCUUUUUCGUUGGCAGGGAACACGUGAACCUUGUGGGACGAGACAGUGAAAAUGGACCAGUAUUGGUAUCCAUGAAAGCCGAAACUGUCGCUGGCCAGGAACAUUGGCGAGUACUUUUGCGAUUACGAGCUGGUUCAACACACGAAUUGGUGCCGGCAGCAACACUUGGACCAAAUCCCUCACCGGCCAAAAUGGUUAAGGCAAUCAACGAGUCACUCAACGUGAAUAAUCUAAUGCCUGUGGUAUGCUCCGGUGCUGGAACUUUGAUUGCUCGUUACGAUGAGCAUGCCCUCGUAUCCAGAUUCAAAUUUGGCGUUCUACAUCAGAGAGCUGGCCAACUAACAGAGGAGCAACUCUUCAGUAACCGCCAAAUCACUCCGGCCUUUCAAGAAUUUCUCGAUCUUCUCGGUCAGAAAAUCGAUUUAAAAGAUCACAAAGGAUAUCGCGGAGGAUUAGAUACGAGACACGGGCAAACGGGCGAUUCCGCGGUAUACGAGGUAUUCCGAGGUCGUGAAGUACUUUUUCAUGUUGCUUCACUAUUACCAUUCAGUCCAGGCGAUUCACAACAAUUGCAACGCAAAAGGCACAUUGGCAACGACAUCGUUGCAAUCAUCUUCCAAGAGGAACCUACGCCCUUUAGUCCUGACAUGAUUGCAAGCCACUUCCUUCACGCCUUCAUUGUCGUUCAGGUCAUCGAUCCUUGCACUCCUAACACAAGGUACAAAGUGAGUGUAACAUCUCGCCUUGACGUUCCGUGGUUUGGACCACCAUUACCUUCACCUGCAGUUUUUCUGCGAGGCGUUGAAUUUAAAGAAUUUCUUCUUACUAAACUUGUCAAUGCCGAAAAUGCCGCUUACAAAGCUGAACAAUUUUCCAAACUCGAAUUGAGAACGAGAUCAGCUCUCUUGGAAUCGUUAACUGAGGAAUUGCAAACAAAGACAAAUGAAUUUCUCGGCGGUGGUACAAAUGUUGGAUUAGGACUUGGGGGAAAUUGUCCAGUGAGUCCAACCUCAAGCGAUGUAUCAACAACAUCAGGAAGCGGUGGCGGAAGUGGUAAUCGUUUUAUUGAUACCGUGCGAAAAGCUUUAAUUUCCCGUGUAAGAAAUGCAUCAACAGAAAGUGUACCACAACAAUUAUCAAAAAAAGGACAAUCAUCCGAGCCAAGUCCACCGAGUAAUCGUCAAUCAACGACGAAAAUUAAUAAUAACAGCAGUAAACGUUCCACUGAACCAUCGAGUCCAAUUGGAUCACCUGAUUUAACAUUAAGAAGAGAUUCCGAUCAUGCAAGUUUAGGAAGUCAAGAUAGUAGUUUAUCAAAUACUGACAAUCAAGACAGUAGUUUGACGACAUUACAACAAGAUGAAGUCGAUAGACGUGAAUCAAAUUCAUCAAUAAAUGGAAUGACGAGUGUUGUUGAUACAACGGCGACAAUUGUUGAUAAAAUCGUGCAAUCUUCAAUGACGACGACGACGACAAUGGGAUCAUCGUCAUUUCAAAGAUUGACACAUGAAAAUUUGAGAAAACGAGAGGAACGUGGAGAGAAACAAGAGGGAACAACGAGAAUUAUCUCAGAGAGCGAUGAUAGUUCAUUGAAUAGCGAAUUGGAAUUAGAUCAAGCUGUUUAUCCGGACAGUGACACGGGACUUGAAUCGAUGAGUUCCGCGGAAACUCAUGAGGCGACGAGAUGUCCUGCCAAAGAGGGGGCCACGGAAAAUGAAACACUGCGAAUGGAGGUCACACGAUUGAAAUGCGAUAAGCUGGAUUUAUUGCGGCAAAAUGUGACCUGUCAAAGGGACAUUAAACGUCUUCGCGAGAAAGAACUACAAUUGCAAUCGGAUUUAGCGGCCGCAUCGAAGGAAAUACUUCGAUUAAGGGCAAUGCUGAAAGAAUGUUCCUCAAGUAUUCCUCUAGACAACAAUAAUCAACAAACGUCAACAGUUUGAAGAAACAAUUCUCUUGUGGACCACAAAUAUUUGAAUUUUCCAAACAUUGCUUUAAAUAGCAAAAAAAAAGAAACACGUUGUCGAUAAUUGAAACAGGGGAACAGAAAGAAUUUAUAGGCAUUUAUUGUUUUACCAGUCGGUUUCGAUAAAGGAAAACCAAAAAAAGGAAAAUUGUUCUUAACAAUUUUCUCGUGAUGCGCAAUUAAUCACAAUUUGGUUUUUUCGUCACUACGACAGGUAAAACUUGUUGAAUAGUUUAUUGGGUACAAAGUUGAUAGUCGAAAAAGAGAUCUCUUUAAUCCUCCCAGUUGAGAAUUGUAUUGAUUUUUUUUUUUUUUUUUAAGUUUCGGGAGAGACGCACAGAGAUCUCAAAAUGUGAGAGUACUUUUCCAAGUUGAGUAUUUAACAAUUAAUUUAUUAGUAGCUUUUAAGAAAAGCCCUCUUUGUAGUUUAUUGUAUAGAAAAAAAAAGAAUGUCAUUAACGUACAAUGUUUUAGAGAGAAAGACAAAAAUGGUGUUUAAAAAAAAAAAAGUAGAAUAACUGGCACUACAAUUUAAAAAAAAAAAAAGAUUUAGGAAAAAAAAAAUUGUAGAUGUCCUGCACACACCAAUAUUAUUGACGUUAGCGAGCAAAUUCUUUGAAUUAUUUUUCUUUUUCGAAGGAAUUUAUUUUGUCUUAGAGACGAUAGCUUUAUUCUACUAGCGGCAAUGUUUUUUCAAAUGUUUUAACAAAAAUAAGAUGUAGUUUUUAUUUAGAAAAAAAACUGUAUAAAAAAAGAAAUUGUUUAGAACAUAAUUGUAUUUAUCGGGGAAAGAAAAAAAUAUUGACAAUCGUUUUAAAGCGAUAGAUAAAUUUUGUGAGAGAGAGAAAAAAAAGAAAAGAAGAAAAAAACGUAGAAUUUAGAAACUCCCUCACCUAUGUCAUUUUUUUUCUUUCGUUUAGUAACUGUAUUAUUAUCGUUACUUUUAACAUAUUAGUUAUAUAUAUUAUUAUUAUAUUUUUAAUCAUUUUAUUAAUAUUAUUAAUCAUUUUUUAUUAUUAUCAACUUUUAUUCGUUGUAUUUUAUAUCAUUUUGUGUACAUAUGAGUUUUGAUUUUUCGAAAUCAAAAUUCACUCAUAACCAAUACCAAAGUUUAACUUAGCAAAGCCAUGUUUUUGUUUCUUUCUCAUUUAUAUUUUUUUUUCUCCCUAUUUUUCGCUUAAUUGAUUUUUCUAAUUUUCAACGAAAAAAAAAAGUUUUGUUCUAUUCAUUUGUAUUAUUAAAAUUAUUGUUUAAUAUUUUCUCAUAAAAAAAUGUCGAGAACACACGUCCAAAGUGUUAGGAAAGUAGUGUAAGCUAAGCACCAAUUUUUCUACUAUCAAACAUUUCAUUUUUUUUUUUUUUUUUUUUUUUUCAUUUUAUGUACAUUUUACGAAAGAUUAGAACACCACUUUUACCACUGCCUACACCGUAUCGUCCUUCAAAAGACUUUACGUCAUCUCUCUGUAUAUAUAAAAAAAAAGACUUUUUUAAAUGGAAAUUUUUUCUCAUAUUCUAAGACUUAUUUUCCUAACAAGAAAAUAAAAAUAAAAAAAUGUAUUGUAUAUUUCUCAAAAAAUAUCUCUUUCGAAAUUCUUCUAUAGAAAGAAAAAAAAAUUGUCUAUAAUAUUCUAUUCAUAAAAAAAAGUUGUAUUCUACUUCUAUUAGAAGAAAAGAAAAAGGAAAAAAUUUUCAAAACAAAAAAUGUGUACUUCUAUUUAAGAAAAUAAAAAGAAAAAUUAUUAGAGAACAAAGAAAAAAAAAUUAUAAAGAAAAUUGGAAAAUAUUUUGCUAAUUAUAUUUAUUGCAUUGUGUCGAUUUUUUGCGAAAAAAAAUAGAGAAAAAUUUAAAGGAUUUAAAAUGAAAAGAUUAAUUCUUAAUUUUUUUCUAUAUUGGGGAGAAAAUAUUUUCGUGAGAUUUUAUUGUGAAAAUUUUUUGUAAAUAAUUUCUCUAGAAUUUUGAGGCCUUCUGUGUAUAAAAAUUAUUAUUAAAAAAAAAAAAAAGAAAACUGUGUUUACCACCUCUAGUAUUGGCCUUGCAAAAUCAAAGAAACUAUUUAGACCUAUUAAAUAUGAAAGAUGCACUGUUAUAUUGAAAAGAAAAAAAAAACAAAGAAAGAGUAACUACUACUAUUGUAGAUAUAGAAUAUAUUAUACUAUAUUAUAUAUAUUUUAUAUUUGACGAAAACGGGGCGCUAAUUUAAAUGGAUACAAUAUGGAGAGAGAAAGAAAGAGAGGUCACUUUAUUAUAUUCUCUGAUUCUAAAAAAAAAAAAUAUAUAUAUAUAUAGAGACGUGUGCAUUCUGUGGCUGAUAUAUUAUAUAUACAUAUAAAUAUCUUUAUGUUUUUGUGCACCAUUCUCGACUCGAAAAAGAAGCAAAAAUAAAUCCGCUAAUCAUGACAAAA